AUGGACAUGCAGACGUGGCAACUGGAAGACGAGGUCGAUGCCAUCAAUCUUCAACUUGGCUAUCUUCAUCUCUACGACGAAGAAAAGAAGGGAAAGUACUCACCUUCGAACAUACCCGAUCCAGAAGUCGCUUACGAUGAUUUCCGUACCUAUCUGCAACUUCGUUUGCAGUCCCUACAAGACUUCAAGCUAGCCCGCAGCAUCGCCCACGCCGUCAGUGCUGAUGCUCCUAUCAUUGCGGAGUUGAUAGAAGCAGAGAGAGUCGCUCACCAAGAUCGUCAGCUCGCUUUUCGGAUGAGCAACGAAGAGCCCGAUCUCGAGGCUCCGCCGCCAUAUACUGAAAUUGGCGACGAGGCUGCCAUACUGGAUGAUUCAAUCACACGUUUAGGCCUUCAAGACGAAGAGCCUGUCGACGCUGGGCCGUCCGGAUAUGUUAGGGGUCAAGUCGAGACUCUCGAAAAGCUCGCGAGCAAGUCAUUCCAAUGCUCGGCCUGUACAGAGCAUUUCCGCCUCACCGAGACGUCCGAAUUGCCCUGUGGAGACCGAUACUGUGGAGAUUGUCUUAAGGAUUUCAUCAUGCGCCCAGUCCGCGAGCACGACUUCACGCUUCUCCCUGCUCGCUGCUGUCGCCUUCCAGUCCCGCAAGGUGUUGUCGCCACAGUGCUGAACGAGCAGGAAUACCAGGCUUACCAGUCCACGGAAGAAGAGGCGGCGACGCGGGACAAGACCUACUGCAGCAGUGCAGAGUGCGGCCAGUUUGUUUCCCCCAAAUACAUCGUGGCUGAUACUGCGACCUGUCCUCGAUGCAGAGUAGGCACAUGUAUCAUCUGCAAGAAUACUGGCCACGAGGGAGAUUGUCCCGCAGACCCAGCUCUACAAGCAACACUAGCUCUGGGAAAUGAGCAUAAUUGGCAACGAUGCUUUUCUUGUCGUGCAAUGGUAGCCAUCGAGUGGGGUUGCAAUCACAUGAGGCAAGUCCGUUCUCAAAAGCUCCAGGCUGCAUACCGCACGCUAACUCUGACAUAUAAAGGUGCCGCUGCGCAGCAGAGUUCUGCUAUCAAUGUGGCGUUGAAUGGAAACAAUGUCGCUGCGAAGUAUGGAACGAAGAGAACCUUGUCCAGCGGGCGGAGGAAAUUGUUGCCCGAAUUGCUGCGCCCAACAUUGCGCCUGUCGAACGUCAACGCCGCGUCGUCCAGAUCCAAAAUCAGCUCCGCGACACCGAUGAAUGUGAACACCCUGGCAAGUUCCAGAAGAUUACCGACCGAGCGCGAUUUCGUUGCGAUUGGUGCAAUGACAGGCAUAAGAAGUUCAUCCUCCAGUGCCGCCAUUGUCAUCUGGAAUUGUGCAAUGAUUGUCGCUCACACCGUGUCUGAAACCGAUGGGGUUAGCAUACGCUUUCACUGA